AUGAGACCCAUAACGAAACGCUCCUUCGCAAGAGGCAGCAGCAGGGUCUCCCCCCCCUCCUCCUCCUCAAUCUGCCCUAGCUGCCAGCACCGCAGAGCUUUCUCCUCAUCAACGUCGUCAUCGACACCGCCGCCGCCGCCGCCGUCAUCGGGCAUUGCGCCUCUACCCUCCCGACAGCUCCUAUCCGUCGCCGGACCCGAUGCCGCCAAAUUUCUCCAGGGCAUCGUGACAGCCAAUGUCCUGGGCGCCGACGGCCACGGCACGCGCGCCGACCCGUGCUACGCCGGCUUCCUCAACGCCACGGGGCGCGUCAUGCACGACGUCUUCAUAUACCCAUCCGGACGGGGCUUCGCGGGCCGGCAGGAGGACGACGCGUUCCUGAUAGAGGCCGACGCCGACAAGAUAGACCAGCUGGCCCGGCUGGUCCGGCGGUACAAGCUGCGUGCCAAGGUGGACAUGCGGCGCAUCCAACCCGGCGAGAUGACGGUGUGGCAGGCAUGGGACGAUGCGGCGGCGGCAGCAGCGACACCGGCGGGGAUCCCGCAAUCGACCAGCUCGACUAUACUCUUCCACGACCACCGCGCACCCGGCAUGGGCCAUCGGAUAGUGCAACUCGGCGACGCUCCGCCCCCGCAGGUGCAGCUCGACCGCAGCACCGAGGACGCUUACACAAUCCGUCGGUACCUGCGUGGCGUGGCCGAGGGCCAGUCUGAGAUCAUACGCGAAGCCGCCCUCCCGCAGGAAAGCAACAUGGACCUCAUGGGCGGCAUCGACUUCCGCAAGGGCUGCUACGUGGGACAGGAGCUUACCAUCCGCACGCGCCACCGCGGUGUCGUCCGCAAGCGAAUCCUUCCCUGCGUCAUCUACGACAAAGACUCCGGCUCCCCGCCGCCAGAUACGCUCGCCUACCGGCCCGAGGAUGCGCCCGUCCUCGCCGAAACUGUCCCCGCCGAGACGAGCAUCGCCCGCUUCCAGAAGCGCGGCCGCAGCGCCGGCAAAUGGCUUCGCGGCGUCGGCAACAUCGGCCUCGGGCUGUGUCGCCUAGAAAUCAUGGCGGGUGUUGAACUCCCCGGUGAGACGGCCGCCAUGUCGUUUGACCCGUCGCACGAGUUCUUGCUCGAGUGGGGCACUGAUGAUGCCCGUGAGAGCGUCAAGGUCAAGGCCUUCCUGCCUGAUUGGGUCCAGGCUGGGUUGGACGGGGCGGCGAAGCGGUGA